CCCUCCCACUGAAACACUCACAGAAACACACCGAACGCGGGAGAGGUAUUUAAAACUUUUUAAGAUCUGUCACCGUCACUGUCAUCUCGAAAACGGUCGUAUUUGUCAGUAUAUUAAUUAAUACACCAACAGAAGAUUUUGCACCGGUCGUUUCUUGAGUCAGCCGAAGGAAACGUUAUUCCGUAAAGUCACCAAGAAAGUUCUUGAGCGUUACUGAAGAUUCGCUGACAGUGCAAACUAAGCAAGAAGACACCCUGUCGCCUCUGUUUCUAUACGUCUGUCUUUAGGAAGGCACUCUCUUCGAACCAUGUGGCUAACAGCAUACAUACAUCCCUCCACCUUCCUGGCUUUGACCUUCUGCUACUUGGCCUCUGCAGGUCCAUUAUCUCGAAGCCCUUGUGAACUGCUGCCAGUUGGAGUGGGCCACCCAGUUCAGGCAAUGUUAAAGAGUUUCACCGUCCUUUCUGGAUGUGCUAGCCGAGGAACCACUAGCCACCCUCAGGAAGUACACAUCAUCAAUAUACGAAAAGGCAAUGCUCAAGGUGAAGAGAAACCAGCAGAGGUGGCGCUACAGCUGCGGCCCAUCCAGUCUUUGCGUGUGCAUCAGAAACCGUUGGUUUUUGUCUUGAACUCCCCUCAGCCGAUAAUCUGGAAACUUCAUACAGAGAAUCUAGCCCCAGGAGUCAAACGCAUUUUCCACGUUGCAGAGGGUUCGGAAGUUCGCUUUGAGGCAGGGAACUUCUCUCAGUCCUGUGAGGUGAAGAUAGAAACUCUUCCUCACGGCAACGAGCACCUGCUGUCCUGGGCCCAACAACGCUAUCGGGCAGUUACUUCCUUUAGUGAGCUCAAAAUGGCUCACGACAUCUACAUCAAAGUUGGAGAAGAUCCUGUCUUCUCAGAAACUUGUAAGAUUGAUAACAAGUUCCUGUCAUUGAACUACCUGGCCAGCUACAUCCAGCCCCAGCCAUCUACAGGGUGUGUUCUUUCAGGUCCUGAUCAUGAUCAGGAGGUCCACAUCAUUGAGCUGCAGGCACCAAACUCCAGCAGUGCAUUCCAGGUGGAUGUGAUCGUGGAUUUAAGGCCAUUGGACGAUGGUGCUCCCCUCCACCGUGACGUUGUGUUGCUUCUAAAAUGUGAGAAGUCAGUGAACUGGGUGAUCAAAGCCCACAAAGUCAUCGGCAAACUGGACAUAGUGACGUCAGACAGUGUCACUUUGACUGGAGACACAGAAAGGCUGAUGCAGGUGUCAAAGACAGUGAAACAACAGCUGCCUGCAGGACCUCAGGCUCUGAUCCAAUGGGCAGAGGACAAAGGAUUCAUACCAGUCACAUCCUACACUAACACCCCUGUCGCCAACCACUUCAACCUGCGCCUCAGAGAGCAAGAUACAGGGACUAUAGAUGACAGCAUGUUUCCACCAGAACUGUCCAUUUUACGCAAUGUCAACCCACUUCCAAAGUCGAGUGACCGGGAUUUCCCGGCACGGACAGGGCUGCCCUUUCCUUUCCUGCCAUCCAUGGAGCAGAGUCUUCCAUUCCCCCCUCUGACCCCAUCUCUGGAAGAUCAGCUCUAUCGGACUGGGGGUUUUGAAGAGCAGAAGGGGGCUCCAAGUGUAGGAUUCAGUGUGCAGUGUGAGAAGAACAGAAUGGUGGUCUGCAUUGACAAGGAAACACUACAGGCAAAUGGGUUUGGCAAGGCCAAUAUUACUCUUCAGGAUUCUCAAUGCAAAGCAACCUUCAACACCACCCACUAUAUACUGGAGACUCCCCUGUCAGGCUGCCAAACAGCAAAAUACCCCUCCCACCCCAGCGCAGUGUCCCUCUAUGUCAAUUCCAUUGUUAUCAGCCAAUCAGAACAGAGGGAUGGAAGUGGCUGGCCUGGUGAUUAUGAAGAUCUGGAGUCUGGAGAUGUCGUAUUCCUAGGAGAUGCACAGGUUACAGAAAAACAUUUGCCAGAGAGCGGACAUCGCACCACUAUCUUGUUCAACUGCACAUACCGUAAGAACCAAGACAUACCUGUUGAUUUUAAUUUGGGACCUGAUGAUUCCUCUGCAAAUCACCUGAACAAUGUAACAUUUAGUAUGGAGCUGUACAAUAAUCCCCACUACCACAACACCCAGUCAUUCCUAACCAUCGCUGAGAACAGACGCAUCUAUGUGGAGAUUUCAGCCACUAAAGCAGACCCAAACCUUGGGUUCAUGAUCCAGAACUGCUUCAUCUCUCCAGACUCCAAUCCUGACACACUGUCCGGACUGGAGUAUUUCGUCAUAGAGAACAUCUGCCCCAAAGACGAUUCUGUGCACUAUUACCCUGAACGAGGCGAUUUCCCCUUCCUUCUUACUCAAACGGACCACAAACGCUUCAGUUUCACCUACAGAUCCAAGUUCAAUGUGUCAUUGCUCUUUCUGCACUGUGAGAUGUCCCUCUGCUCCACAAGAAAUGACAAGCAGAUAAACAUGCCAGAGUGCAUGUUGCCAGAUGAAGCCUGCAGUUCCCUCAGUUUGGAAAACAUCCUUCUCAUGAUGAUGAACACCAAGCCUUUAACCAAGCCAAUGGUGGUCAUCUCUGACAAUACCCAUGACACUGUAAAGGUCACAGAAGAGCCCAGGAAAGGUCAGCCAGACAUCAUAUAUAUCCUUGACACGCCGACUGUGGUGGGCAUCGCGUUUGCUGCCUUUGUGAUCGGAGCCCUUCUAACAGGAGCUCUAUGGUUCAUCUACUCGCAUACAGGUGACGCAGCGGCGAGGCGGCAAGUGGCAAAGUCUCAACCAGUGUCUGAGAACAGCAGUGCAGCUCACAGCAUCGGAAGCACUCAAAGUACGCCGUGUUCAAGCAGCAGUAACGCAUAGAAACUUCAGAGACCAGCUGGACCCAGCUCUGUGACAGCUGCUGUUUCCAUUGGCAACUAUCUGUGCUUUACACAUUUACAUUUAAUCAUUUAGCAGACGCUUUUAUCCAAAGCGACUUACAGGAGUUCAGGGAGCAAUAAAGCGAUAUGUCAUACAGGAGCAAUAAUACAAUAGAUGCUAAUACCAAGUUACUAGUUUCCACAUUUGUGGAAGAAAGUGUCAUUUAGUAGAACACCAGGCCAUUACUAGUAUAUACUAAAUAUUACUCAUAUUUGAAAAUCAAUAGAAUACAUGUACAGUGCUGACAUUUUUAGGUAGAAAACACGGCCUGCUAAACAAGCUUUGUUUGAGGCCUAAAAAUACCAAAAAUGAGUAUUUAAAAACUGCUGUUUUCUGAAACCCAACAAGAAAGUGUUAUUUUACCUUAUAUGGUUGAGAUCAGUGUUAAAAAAACAAGAGCUGUUUACACCGGUCAUUAAGGCCGUUUAGAGGAACAGCCAGUUCAGUAAUAAUUCUGGUAGUGUGGUUUCCAUCUCUGCACGUAAACAAACAUCAGUGCCUUACUUAAUCAACCAACAACAUAUAAACAAUUGGACAAGAGAGAAAACAUCCCUAUUACAUUUCUUAUAUACAGUAUGGUCAGUUUAAGGUUUGUUUGUUAAAAUCAGUUGCCCAAAAGAGAUACUGUAUCUCUUUGUGCUAUAUUAUAGACCAUUUUGCAAGAAGUAAGCAACACUGGUCCAGAAGAACUUCCUGUUUCAGUUUUGUCAGUUUUUAUUAUUUCACAUAUAUAAUUAUUCUUAAAAAAUGUUUAACAUAUUAAUUCAUUUCUUAACUUCUGUUAGUUGUAUUUUGUUCUACAGUUUAAAACAGGAAGUGCUUCUGGACCAGUGUUAUUUAUAUCUUGCAAAAUGGUCUAUAGUAUUCUAUAUACUAUAAAGCUGACUUAUUUGUUAAUAACCACAUAGUCAUAUCUUAACGCUGGGAUAACCAGUGGUCUUUUUACAUUGAUGAAACAUUUUGUUAAAUAAUGUACAUAAUGUAUAUUUACUAUAAAUAGUUAAAAGUAUAAAUAGUUUUAAUAUAAAAAGUUUAUAUACAGUGGUAAAGUUGUACAAGCGGUGUCCCAGACUUGGCCAUUGAGAAUAUAAUAUUAAGACUCUCCAACCAAAUUUCAGAUAGUGGUAAUGAGAAGUUAUUUUUUUCCAAAAUGAAUAUAGAUUUGAUAGAAUGUAAACACUGGGCAUUAUUAUUCAAUAUAAGUAUAAAAAACAUGAUUUCGGCAAACACCUGAUAUUUUUAUAUCAUGCAUUUUCAGUGUAAAAUAAUAAACUUUUGUCACAAAAGAUGUAUAUAAUCGAAUGCCAAAGAAUAGGCGUCUGUUUUCAUAUCUUUUAGUGUUAGUUUAAUGUAACCCCCACAAUAUACUGUAUUUGUUUAGGUACUAACCCACCACAAAAUUGAACAAAAUCAACAUUAAAAAAAUCAUUACCUUUUUGUGAAAAACAUUUUGGAAUUGUGUAUGAAUAUGCACAUAGAAACACUUUUAAAGUGCUAGGAAAUGUAUAAGUGCAAAGCCAGAAUAUUCCCACCGUCCAACUUUACAUGAAUGUUAUGAAAAUUAAAGUGCCAUAAUGUUGUGUAUACACAUUAUUACACGUCUUUAUUUUAGAGAUAAACUGAAGAAAGAAGGGAAUUGGUGGUAUUUGCUUUGCUCUGUGCACAUUAUAUUGUGUAUAUCCUCUGAUGUGAGAAUCACCUAAAUCUGUGUUUGUUUUUGCUAAAUGUACCUAUAGAAUGUAUUUUAUUUGAAACCAUAUGGUCAAUCUUUAAUGUAACAUGUAUGUAAAUGUAUUCUGUAAGAGAAGAGAGUAAGAAUUUAUACAUUUAUUUGUGUAUAAAGUUCUAUUUUUCCAGAGAUAUAUACAAAGAGCCACCCUAUAAUUCUAGCCGCAUACUGUGAAUUUUUGUGGGCAUAUUUCUAUAAAAUAUGUUUUCUCUAAAUCCAAACAUAAUCCUUAGUGCUGAAGUGAGCUGCAUUAUUGCAUUCACCUAUAUUUUUCUAACAUUACCUUACAAAAUCAUAUAUAAAAUGGUUUUAUUGUAGAUAUUAUAUAUUUGUACAACUAUCUUUUAUAAGAGAACACUAUUUUAAUUGCAAUAUAAAAUAUAUUUUGAUGCAAAUGUUCUAUCUCUCUUAAGGUCUUCAUUGUUGGUGUGUGUGGAGGGGGUCCACGUGUGGGUUAAAUCAAAGAAAUACAUUCUGUAACAGUUGUAUUGACAUCUAGGAAUGUUUAAAUCAAUGCUGUUAUUCAUAAAUGAGAGUUUAAAAUUCAUAGAUUGUAAUCAAUAGUCACUUAAUGGCUGUAGAGGUAACAAUGGCCUUAAUGGUUUUAUCUGGAAUAAAUAUCUCAAAGGCCUUUCUCUCAUUCCAGGACACACUCUUGUCUGGUGACAAACACUUUAUCUGUAAACUUAGGUUUAUUAUGACUGUUUUGGACUGCACACAUUGACGUUUCUGUAUACUAGAUGGUAAAACUGAUUGUCAGAGUAUUUCUUUCUGUUGUGCAUGAUUGAAACAUAUUUCAAAUCAUAUUCUUUUAUCUACCUCAUUUGUUUGUGUGUCUGUGUAUCUGUGUGCAUUUUGUUUUCUUGUCAAAGACGUUUACUGUACAUAUGGUGUACAGCUUAAUGUUUCAUCAAAUAUAUAACAAAAAUGUAAUGUUUUAUUUUGUCGAUUUGACACCUCCGAUGAAAGGAGAAACUGAAAAAUGUAAAUAUGACCCCACCAGAUUUAGAUUUUAAGAAUUUUAAGCUAUCUGGCUCUGAAAGUAAACAUUAUUUCUGUGUCCUUUGUGUAUUUGUGAAUAUAUCAUGCUGUAAAUAUGCAUGCUAAAUGUAUAUACCAAAUACAUUACUGUAAUCUUCUGUCAGCUUGUUUGUGUACUGAUUUCAAAGUAUGUGCCGGUACAGUACUAAACCUCACUUAUCAACAAAUUAUGGCCUGGUUCAGUAAUAGCACUGUUUACAAUAUCAGUAGCUGAUGAUUUUCAGUAUACACUGCAAAGUCUUCAUAAAAUACUUUACUUCAUAUGAUCUAAACUGUAAGUUUAUCUGUAAGGUAUUGUUAUCCUUUGUUAGGACUGUAUUGUCAUUGGACUCCUCAAAAAAUGAUUUCAUUACAUGACGUAGACCCUGUGGAGAUUUGGCAUCCACACUGAUAAGCAUGGACAUAAUUACAUUCAUAACAAAAUAAAGACCUUUUUUGUUAGAAAA